AUGUCGCAGUUGCUUUUAGCCUUGCUUGUAUCAGUAAGCGGAUUCAUUCAUCUCGUACAAGCUGAUCUAGAAUUUACAACUUCACUUCCGCAAGAGUGUACAACUUUCAACGUAUCAUGGAAACCGGAAAUGGACGCUUUCCCUUACAGCGUAUAUUUCUUAGGAACAGCAAAGCAGGUCCUAAGUUGGCGUAUCGAAUCAGACUAUCAACCAAACCAAUCAGAGAUUACCUUUCAGUAUUUCUUACCAAAAGCUAGUUCAAGUUUUCAGAGUUUUAUAGUUGCUGUUGUGGAUAGUAAGGGGAACGGGAACAGUUCCAAGAUUCUUACACCGACUUCUAUUGCGGCACAAUCUGAAGAAUGUGUGUUAUCUUCUUUCUAUAAGAACAAUUCUUGGACGUUUAACACUGGAUACAUAACACCGCCGGGCUUCAAUUUGGAGCAAGAUCCAUGGAUAAAUCUACAGUGCGGCGAAGUAAGUCAUUUGCCAUACGGAAAACACAUCGGAAAGGGACCUUUUUCGCUUUCGUUGGUCCCAGAACAUGACAAACCGAUCACUCUCAAUAUCCCAGAAUUAGCGCAAACGGGUGCGUAUGACUUUAAUUACUACACUGUUAUACCCUAUAAGGCAGGUACAAACUUUUUCCAAUUCAUGUCUGACUCUGUACAAAGCGCAGCUGGAGGAGGGAGUGAGAAGAUCACUGUUGGAGCGAGUCAAAAUUAUUCAUGCUUUCAAAGUGGUUUCAAGCUACCAGAUGUGAACACCACUAACGCUUUACCGGUCGGAUCAAAUUCGACAUCUUUUCAGAAUCUUCCGGGAGCUAUUCCGAUCCCAGCGAAUGAUACCGGAAAUGAUUCCAACAUUCUGAAUAGCACUGUGAGCGGGCAAGGUAUACAUGGAGACUACGGCGCAAGGAAUCUCAAGAGUCUAUUGGGCGGGAUUCUUGGCAGUUCAUUUGGCAUACUUCUGCUUGCAUUCGUCAUUUAUAAAGUACAUCAAAUGCUUCAAAUGAGACAGCAAAAAAAGCAUAGAAUGGAACGAGAUCAGUUCGUAGACUUGGGAGAAAGUAUUAAUGAUCAAGGUUCACCAGGUAUCAAACAAUCUACAUUGAUUUCCCCUUUCUUCUACGAAUCAGAUAGAGCUGCUCACGGUGAAGCAGUGAGCAAUGAUGAUAGUAAUGCGAUCGGUCUGACACCAAUCGCCCGAAAGCACAACAUACGUGCUCUGAAAGCAUCUCUUAGCAAAAGACUUGCUGCAGGAUUGAACAGUGUUUCAAGAUCGGAGACGAUAAGAUCAGGAAUCGAUAAUAGGCUGUCUUUAGGAAAUUAUACGAACAAUGCUUCUGAAGUAAAUUUUAACCUAGCGGACGAUUUAAGAGGUCGAUCCAGAUCCACUAAAAGCAGAACACAACAUUUAUACGAUUUUCUUGGUGCGAAUAACUCUCUGCGAUCUCAGACAGGCAGUAUACAUUCUUCCGUCACCAAUCCGUUUAGCGUAGAUGGAGUUUUGAUCGAGGAUGAUUAA